AGCAGUUAAAGAGACCGAUGAAUGAAAACGUGCUGAACACAAAGUCAAGUUGACUGAAGUUCGGAAUGAAUAUAUGUCAUCAAUAAUUGAUAAAGUAAUUAGAAGUUACCACUUUGAAACGAUCAUCGCUUAGUUUAUAAUCUGUCAUUCCGGGCUUUAUGGAUAAUGUGACUUUACCAAGAAAAUUUAAUAUUUGUUUUUUAAAAAGAGACAGAUUGUAAUUUAAGACUACAAAAAAAAAACUGGACUAUAUAACAACAUAUCCAUUUCGCUAAAUAAAAAACAAACAAAUUAUUUUGGAGAUAUAAAUGUUACCCGUAUUAUCUAAAUAAGGAGUUGGAAAUGUAUAUUUGUGGAUUUAUUGUAUAUGUGUUUGGCACAUAUGAAGUGUUUGGAUUGAUAGGUACAGAAAUAGGUGUAGGGAAGAACAAUGUCAAUAUUCGACUUACUGGGCAUCAAUUUAUGGAGAUAAAAGAUAAAUCGCUACAUGAUUGCGUACGGGAAUGCACUCCUCUGGCCCGUUGUAAAUCGUUUAACUAUGACAAGAGUAACAGAGUGUGUGAAUUGAAUGAUGCUGACAGUACGGAUGUUAGUGCUGAUAAAAUGCAGGCCGCAGAUCGUUACAUUUACUCGGACAUAUCCGCCUGGCCAAAG